UUCACACACGAACCCCACCCCGUUAUAUUUUUUUAAACCUCACUUGUCCGUUAUUUUGGUGUGAAACAUUUGCCGAGAUCUGAAAGCCCUUCGAAAUAUUCCCUGCAUAACUCUGCACAAAAACUAGACACGGAUUUUAGUGGCGGUGACCACCCAAAACAGUGCCAUUUUUAGACGUUUACUGCUGACGUUUACAGAGGCUUCAAAUAGCUUCCGUUUUACACUGGUAGUGAUUGGACUAUCCUGCACUUACCCUGGGAGCUAACAUAUUGGGUGAACAAGUCCGACAUUCUACACUUCAAUGGAGGAACAGCCCAAAGAUCGGGCACAAGAAAGGCAAUAUCACCACCACGGAGAGGACAGACACUCUAUUCAACAUACAACUUGUCCAAAACAUGAUCAGAGCCACUUCCAGCGCCAGCAUCAGGAAACGCAGACGAAGAAAACAGGUUGGGCCAUCCGGAAAAGCAAUAAAAAAGUAAACAUCAGUGAGGAGGAGGCUGAGAGGAAUCCACAUCCGUCUGAUACUGCUCUUAUGUUGCACCCCCCCAACAGCAAUGGUAACAGAUACACAAGUAAUUCAAAUGUGAAGCAGAAGUCAACACAAAAGCUGUACACAACUGUUCCAAAAGUGAGCAGCAAAGGACUGGACCAAAAGAAUAUGGACCUUAAAAAUGACAAGGAAAAGGCUCUGGAUUUGAAUCAUCAUGAGGGCCAACCUUUGGAUAAGAAAGACUCUAUGUUGGUUCAAAAUGGCGUUGUAAACUGUGGCUUAAUUACAAAUGGCUAUUCUAGCAAAGACAAUGAUGGCAGCGGCUCCGAAGGUGGAUAUACUACUCCGAAGAAACGCAAGGCCAGAUGUAACAACGCCAAGAACACUGAUAAUGUGAUAAGAGAAAAGGAGAAAGACAUGCAGCAGGGCAACACUACACAAGAGCACGGGGCUUUUAAUCUUGAGACAACUGAGAAGGGAGUGACUUCUAGACUUGAUGGCUUUAGAGCCGCUCAUAAAGUAGAAGCUCAGUCAGCAGCUAAACGAGCUGCUGCGUCAGAGGCUUCAAUGGGUGAAUCUCAGAGGAAAAACUCUGAUGGCAAAACAGUUGGCACUUUCGGUAAAAAGACUGAUGAAAGGCACAAAGCCAAGCUUUCCUCACCUUCAAAAGAGGACUCGUGGACUUUGUUCAAGCCCCCUCCAGUAUUUCCUGUGGACAAUAGCAGUGCAAAAAUUGUACCCAAGAUCAGUUAUGCAAGUAAAGUAAAAGAGAACCUCAACAAAGUAGCUCAAGGUGGAGGAGAGGCACUGCCUCCUCCUGUUAGACUGUCACAGGUCCCUAUGUCUGCUAUGAAAACUAUCACCUCAGCUAGCUUUACUAAUGGCCCUGUUUCUGGAAACGGAAACAGCUGCCCAUCAGUGGGUACCUUCUUUGCUCCUGCUGCUAGUAGUAUUCCACCAGCCCCAUCUAUCCCAAGUGGCGAGAAUGUAGCAUCUCCUUUGGAAAGUAACUGUAGCUCUACACCCAGUCCUGUAGAUGGAGAAGCAUACGAGCUUAGAAAGUGUACUCUUUUAAUUUACCCUUUAAAUAUGCAACCUGUGCUCCCUAGUGCUCGUCACCUCGACCCACCGGCUGCUCAGACAAAUCAGAAAGCCCUGGGAGAUAUCUUCCAGAAUCAGUGGGGGCUUUCCUUCAUCAAUGAGCCCAACUUGGGGCCAGUAGGAGGAGGUGGCCAGGUGCCUGCAGAGGACAAGACUACUGUGGUCACACCUCAAAGCGAGUGUCAGGCUGUUGCAGCCAAGACUGCCCAGCCCUGCUUUGACGUUAGCCCAUCUUUCUUAGAGCCUGGCACUUUUGCUCAAGACCCUGAGAAAAGGACUUGUGCCCCUUGCAAUGUGUCUAAUGCUUGUUUUCCUGCGUGUGUGAUGAGGGAGGAGGAUAUCAAGCUGCAGCCAUGUAGCCAGGAAAAGACAAAAGUAGAGGCCAAGGGUGCAGGUUCUGCUGCGUCAGCCCCCAGUAAAGACAACGGUGCUAAGCCUGCUCAGGGCCAGCUAGCCACUGUGUUGUUUGGCUCAUCUAAACAACAGGCCCACUCUAAAGACACUGGCAGAAGGUGCAGCUCGGGGUCCUUUGAUAUUAAAGCUGCUGUCACUUAUCACACUAAAGAAAUGGAAUUCAUUUUCAGCUUGCAAAAACAAGAUCCAAAAAGAGUAGUGGUUUAUGAUGAGACCAAGGAUGGACCUGAUCAAUGAGGUAGAUGCUCUACAGUACUUACCUUCUUCUCUUCUGGGUGCUGCGAUUAUCUACCUUGGGAGUCCUCAAUCCUGUUGGACAGAUAAAGUGACAACUGUGAAAACAUUGAUAGUUUAGCAUGACAGAUUUUCCUUGGAAUCUCCGGUGGAAUAACGGACUUCUUUAGGGGCAUCAGACAAACACACACACUCUGGAGGGACGUUAGAGAAGUUGAUCGGUGCCUCUCCAACACGAUAAAUGAGACUUUGGAGCUGUGAUGGUUGUUUGUCUCAUGGCUCUUAAAGGAUGAUGUUCGGGAGUUCAACAAAGGAAGGUGUCAUGGAUUGCACCUCCCUAAGCCUUUAUCCUGUUGAACUGCGGCAGCCGUCAGUCUGACUAUGGGAUGCCUCAGUCAUUUUCUUUCUUCACGCAUUCAAAUGAGUUCAUUGUAGAUAUGUUAGACGUUAUACAUACACAUCUGUGUGCAAACUUGAAUUCAUCGUGGAAGAAAAGGAGAACACACUUUUCAAAGAAUGCCUUUAAGUUUUGGAGUUCAGACCUUUGGAGUUAAACAGUAAGUUAAGUGGAAGCUCAUAGGUGAGGCCCCAUCCAGGAAGGGAGAACCUUGUCUUAAGUCCUUUUUUUAGAAAAAUCAGCCCAGAAAUUUUAAACGAUUGUUUUUUUUUCUUUUCUACUGUUUUGUCGCCAUAACAUUAAUGUGUUAUCUGCCCUGCAGUAUGCCCAAGAGCACAGGUACAAAAGUGCCCAAUUUGAAGGAAAGCGACGCCCCUUCAUAUUUUUGUUUAUUACAGCUAGAGAUUUUAUAAUCAGGUCUCCGUUAAAGGCAAAAUCUUUUCAUUUUAAAGCUUUUCGUACAUUUCAUGCAGAUUGAUAUGAAGUCAGUGCAGACUAUUCUUAAAUUCAGAUUCAUGUAUGUGACAAAAUGUUAAGCAAGAGGCAUUGCUCCCAAUAAGGUCUUCUGCGUUUUGGGCUAUUUGUUCAGCAGCAAGACUCAGGAUGUCCAUGCAGAUUAUUUUGCCUGCAUUUCCUUCUAUGUAAAAACUGUUCAAUUCCUCUUGUCAAAGGAACAUGUGUUGCAUUUUACGACUGAUUUUUGUUUUUGGUCGUACUUUUCUGUCUUAUGGCAUUGUAUUUCCUGCAUGUUUACUGGUGGAAAUGAAUGACUGUUCAUCGCCAUGCAAAGAUAACAGUAACACAACAAUUGCAAUACUAAUCUAGGUUCCCCCCCCGACUAGCCACUUUCUCAAACAGUGUUCAAAUGUGAAGAUGAGUUGUACUGUUCUGUUCUGUUUUUGUUGUUUAACAUUUUACAUUUGCAAACCAGUGUGCAAUAACACCAUGUGAUCCAUACAAUGUGUGAAAUGGGUUAUAUGGAGCUACGAAAUCAUCACCCAAGAUGCUGGUGUGGUUUGUUCUAAAAUGUUUAAGGUGCGUUUUCAGUUUGUUGCACAAAUCCUUAAGUGAUUUUUGCUAAAGAGCUCACGUUGAAAGAUCUAAUUAAGUCUAGGGAGCCCAAAUUUGCUAACUGCUAACUGGCCAGCUGUGACAUCACUUUCAUCACCAUCUCCAAAUCAGGAUUGGUUUAUUCAACAUAACGAAGGAACUGUCCGGGUUUCUUUUCUCUAGAAGAUAUGAUUUGGUUAAUGUGUGGAUUAAUAGCACUUUAUGUAAACUAAUUGCUUUUAUCUUUGAAUUACUAGAGAUCUAUAUGUACUGACGAGAAAUACUCCUUGAAAGAAUGGCUCUGGGCUGUUACUUUUCAGAAAAAACAAACAGAAUUAUUAAAUGUAACUCAGGUAGUGUUGAUAAAGCCAUGACUAUGUUAAAUAUUGUUUUUUGCCAAAUGGCCCCUGUCAUGUAAUGUUCUCAAAUUGGAAAUGUUGAAUUGGAGUCCUAUUAUAUAGAGUCUCAUAUGAUGUGUGACAAAACACCAAAUACUUUUGAGGAAAACUGUUGUGGCAUGCAAGGUGCUGUCAUUGUCAUUUGGGGCUCUAAAAAUACAAGUUUUCCUGUUUUAUUUCCCCUUUAAAAAAAAAAAAAAAAAAAAAAAAGCACAUUGCUCCAUGCGCUGUUUUCUAUGUAUACUAGACUGUAAACUUGCAAUCUUUGAUGGUUCAUUUUCUCCCUUGUGUGUUCAUAGUGAAGCACCUCUUGAUUUAUUAUUGCUGAACAUCAGUCGUGUUUCUACGUGUAGCUACAAUCUGGGUAUGAGCUUUCAAGUACACUUCUUUUCCACUGUGUCCUGAUUAGGCAGCGCUGCAGCUUGUACUCGUAUGCAGAGAGGAAAGUCGUCACCGCAGCCAGUUGUCUUGACAUUUAACUUCCAUGUCUAAUCUCAGUCGGCUCUCUGGUAUUUAAAACAAUUUGUUUUUUUGGCUUCCAGUGUACGGUGUGUGUGAUGGAUGAGCGCAUCAUCAGAUGCUGCCCUCUGAAUAAGAACAAUUGUGUUGGAUCCGGUGUAUGCGGAAGCAAGGGCAUGUUAAGGAGAUGUUGCCCAUUAGCAUUUAGACUUGUGUGUUUUUUUUUUUGUUUUUUUUUCUGUGCUUGUGGAAAUUAACUUUCAAUCCGGCAAAAUGUUACUCAAAACUCGCAAUUUAAUUUCUUCUGAUUGUCCAUAAUCCAUCGACAAAGUGACAUCAGGUUCCGAUAUGGUAGAUGCCAAAUUGUUCAGGCUGAAAGCAUUAUUCUCCACGGACAGUGAUGCAUCUAUAGGCUUCUAAAUGUAAAACAGGGUGAUCAAAAUGAGUAGUCUGUAAUGUUACUGUAGUCUUACGACCUUCUUCAAAAAAAAUAAAAAUAAAAAUACUGUCUUGCUUUUUGAGAGGAUGGUCCUGUACGGGGAAAUCAGAGAAUCUCCCAUCCUCCAUCCCAAGGAUCCUUUUUAUAUAAGCACUUAAUACAGCAAAAAGGCUAUGUUGAAUAUGCAUUUAUAUAGAUGGAACUAUUAUUUAGCAUUGUAGCCUGAAAACCAAAAACAGGUUCUUGAAGCUGAGUAGAUGGUUAAUCAGUGUUGGGGGCGGGGGUGAGUGAGUGUUGGUGUGUUGAGAAAGUAAAGCCUGAUCAUGUGGAGUUUAUAUCUUCGUCCCCUCAGGAUGUGCAAUCACCUCAAGGACGCUGAUGCAGGCUUCCAGGUUGUGAGUGACGAGUUUGGCCUCGUUGUUUUGUGGGUGUGUGCAUAGCGAGUUCUUCCUAUUAUAUGCAAGUUCCUCGUAUAUUUCUAAAUCCCCCCCCCUCCCCCUCCACCUUGUUGUUUCAUGUUCAGGUGCCUGUGUAAAAAAUAAUAAUAUACUUUUACAGCAAUUUUGAUUGUUUAAAAUCUGCUUCCAGCAUAUAUCCGUGCCAUUUCUUUUUUUUUUUUUUUUUUGUAACAUUUGCAAAUGCUGUUUUUAAGUUUUCUUCCAGCUAAUCCUAUAACUUCUUCUUUUGAGCGACAUGGACGCAGCUGAAAGCAAUGAGAAUUUUUUUUUUGUGUUUUGUAGGUUUUGAAAUUGUCAUGGCUUGUGUUCAGAAUUGUGUGACCUAAAGCCAAAAUCAGUUCGAAUGGGACGGAUGACAACUGCUUGCUGCCGUAUACUCAUGCCAGUCCAUCGUCGAGUUAAUGUCUGAAGUAGCACAUAAUUCAUUUGAACUGAUUUAACAAAUUAAUGUUUUAACAUGUGUUUUAAAAAAAGGUUUUAUUUUUGAGUUAGAAUCUAAUUUAUCCAUAGAUGCACAAGUAGGAUGAGACUAAAAGGAAUAAAUGAUACAGAAAAUCAAAA